AUGGCGGCUGUACGGGAAACCAUUGCGGUGGUAGACAAGUCGGGGAAGAUGGUUACAACAAGCAAACACCUUUUCGGCGUCUUCAAAGAAGCUCGCAAUGCCUACCGCGAACGCAAAGCCGAAAUACAAGCAGCCAAGAACGCAGAGAAACAGGCCCGGAUUGCGGAACAAGAAGCUCUUCGCGCCAUGGCCAAAUUCACUCUCGAUGAUCGACCGUCCGUCACAUCAUCCAAGAAGUCUGGAAAGUCUCGAAGUAGCCGGCAUACUCAUCAAAAAGGUGAUCGGCCACACGGUCUACACUAUGAACAAGACUUAUACACCCCCCACAAUUUUCAAACACCCAAAUCAGUUCGAGAAGUCGGACGGAGACAUACAUCCCAUGAAUUGGCCAUCAAACAACCGGCCCCUAUUGCGCACCGUCAUGCAGCGCCUCGAUCUCGGUCUGCCACGCAUAUUGAUAUGGAUCUUGCUUACGGAGAAGCUCAUCCAUCCGCUCUUGAACGAUACAAGCCCGCCGAUGAACAAGAGCUCACGGGUCUCGUAGCCAAAGCCAAGUUCUUGCUUGAGGAAGCAGACUGUGUCCAGCAUACAGCCACAGCAACGAUGUCUCAUCUACAAAAGAACCCUGAUGCCAUGGCAGCUGUCGCUCUUACACUUGCUGAAAUCAGCAACCUAGCCUCGAAAAUGGCCCCUAGCAUUCUAGCAAGCUUAAAGACCAGUGCCCCGGCAGUCUUUGCACUUCUAUCAAGCCCUCAGUUCCUCAUCGCUGCGGGAGUAGGCGUCGGCGUCACAAUCGUCAUGUUCGGCGGCUACAAAAUAAUCAAGAAACUCACCGCAGCCCCAAUUACCGUAGAAGCCGGAGCCGUUCCAAAGGAACAAGGACCGACCGCUAGCGCCGAUGAGCUGCUAGAACUCCAAAGCGAACAUCUGAGCCGUGUGGAAGUCUGGCGACGCGGAGUUGCCGAUUGGGAAGCAGACAGCAUGGGUUCGACAGUUGAUGGCGAAUUCAUCACUCCAACGGCCGCUAUGAUGUCAGGCCUCGAUCUGUCAGAUCCCAAUUUAAUUCGACAACGAGCCCUCGAUAAUCUAGAUGAAGGCUCAACCACCACAUCCUCCCGACGAUCCAAGCGUUCGCGACAUUCUCAAACCUCGCGACGCUCUGGAACAAGUCGCCGUACAUCAAAUAACGAUACCAAGAAAAGGACAGAAAAACCUAAACGACCCAGCCGCUUACGAAUGAUGUUUACUGCGUGA